GCGGGCGGGGCGAGGCGAGGCGAGGCAGCGCGGCUCUCCCCGCCCCCGGCGGUCGGGGCUCUGCUGUCCCUCCCGGCCCGCCGGCGGCGGGGAAGGGCAUGGAGUUGGCGGGAGUCUAUAAAAAGCCGCCGUGAGACGAGGCCGCCGUCCUGCCGGAGCCGCCGGGAGGGGCUGAGGCGCGGCGCCGGGGCGCGGCAGCGACACCAUGAUCAACCCCAGCUACUACCCGUGGGGCUACGACGGCGACAACGGACCUGAUCAGUGGCACAAAAACUACCCGAUUGCCAAAGGACGCCAUCAGUCACCUAUUGAAAUCAAUAACAAAGAAGUGCAUUACGAUCGCUCCCUAUUACCAUGGUUUGCUAGUUAUGAUCCUUGUGCAGCUAAGACCAUCCUCAAUAAUGGGAAGACCUGCAGAGUUGUAUUUGACGAUUCCUUUGAUAGAUCAGUGCUGAGAGGUGGGCCACUUCCAGGAGUCUACAGGCUGCGUCAGCUUCACUUUCAUUGGGGUUCAUCUGAUGACCAUGGCUCUGAGCAUGUUGUGAAUGGAGUGAGAUAUGCAGGAGAGCUACAUUUGUUACACUGGAAUCCCAAAUACAGUAAUUACCUUGAUGCUGUGAGAAGAACUGAUGGAAUAGCUGUUUUGGCCAUAUUUUUGCAAGUAGGGAAAACUCCUAAACCGGAGAUGAAGAGGAUUCUCGAAGAAAUAAAUGCUAUCAAAACAAAGGGGAAAGAAGCUCCUUUCCCAAACUUCGAUCCUUCAGUUCUUUUCCCUAAAUCUCAUGACUACUGGACAUACCAUGGGUCUUUCACUACUCCACCUUGUGAAGAGUGCAUCACCUGGAUUGUUCUUAGAGAGCCUAUCAUAGUCAGCUCAGAUCAGAUGGCGAAGCUCCGCAGCCUAUCCAAGAAUGCUGAGAAUGAACCUGAUCUCCCCCUGGUUGAUAACUGGCGUCCGACUCAGCCUCGAUACUUCAGGAUGGUGAGCGCAUCAUUCCUCUAGGACCUGGCUCAGGUUGGGUGUCCCUGAGUGAGGCAACCUCUAGAACUAAGAGAUGGUUUGGUUUUGUGUCCUCUGUUGCAUUUAGACAGAACUCCAGCUGUAGGGCCGGAGGCUGAAACUUUGAGUCAUGAAAUGUGAAUUUUACUUCCAGAGGAUAACAUUUACGUAGGCAAAUCCUGUCAUAAAAAUGGAAGUAGAGAAUCUGUUUGGCUCUUCAUAACUGCUUUAACAUUAGGUUUUGUUAAUAGUACAAAGGAAGAAAGAAGAUGCUACUAAUAACUACAAAACCAUUUCCUGUUGCACACAAGUCCCUUGAUGCUUGCCUUAUUCCAUGCUAAAGAGGUUGCAGUUAAGAGAAGUAAUUGUUUUCAGCAUAAAACCAUAUUUUUCAGUAGUUGUUUUCAGCUUUAUCCAUAUCCUGCUCUGAGCUGCACCAGUUAAUGCACAAGGCAUUCUUGGAAAUAAAUGAGAGCACUCAUUUGGUAUUUGAUACUCACAUAAAAUAUGAAAGGAUAGAAAAUUGCUUCAUAACCAUUGAUAAAGAUCUAAGCUUUUAACUUCUUAAAACAACGGACAGGUGAAACAGAGGUCUGAUCUGAAAAUUGUAUUCACCAAGUAAUACGUAGUUAAAACUAUGGAAUGGGAGAAGAGCUGUUUCUGUUUGUGUCACAACUGGUUGUCCAUAUUAAAAGACUAAUUUGCAUUUUAAUGUUAUAGCAAUCAAAGUGACAUGGAUUUUGAGAACUUGGUCUUCGUAUCCUGAAUAUAUCUUUUCUCCAUGUAUGCAAGUGGCUUUUCUGUGUAAAAAGAGUGUUAAGAUAGCAGGAGUUCUUAAAUCUUUUUAGUGUUUUUUUGAGGCAGAUUCUCACUUCAUGUACAAAUAUAAUUGAUCCUGCUGUCAAUGAGAUUUGUGCAUAAAUAUCUGAAACCACUGUUUGACUUGCCUGAUCAAAGUGCAGUUGACCAGGGAGCUCUUGUCUCUUGUUCUGCCAUAAAGAACAAUGAAACAAGAUUGUAAGCCUAUACUUGAAGUAACAGUAUUUCUUCAUUAAAAAAUCCAACAAUAAUAAAUACAUUUACUUAA